AUGAAACUCUGUAGUGGAGAGGUAGGUUUUGUCCAUUUCAAACUUUCAUAUCCGAAAGGGUUUAAAACUACCGAAAAUUGGAACAUUCUCAUUUUGCUCCUUCGAUGACCACGCAUUGGGUUAUUCAAAGACAGCAAAGGGGAAGCCUUGUUUUUAUGUUUCCAGUUGGUUAUGCCACCAAUGUGACUUGAAGCAAGUAGGGAGUCUUGUUCCAAGUAAGUCGCGUUACAUUUCUGCAGAGACUUAGUACAUGUGUUCAGAACAGUGCUAGCAUAUUUCCGGAGCGUUUAGUUAUAUUGAAAGCCACAGAGCCUUUUGGAUGUGAACUUUUUUUAUUUAAAACAUAUUUUAUUUUUUUGUUGCAGGUUCUAUUAAAUAUAAAACACUGAAUAUGCUCGCAGUAGCCGACAACUUAGAAAUUGAGCGGACAAAGGUGGAGAACCUCCUCAAAAGACUUUGCCUGUCUCUCCAGAGAGAUAUUAUCUCAAAGAAAUCAGCCGUACUAGAUUUUGUCAAAAUCGGACGCCUGCGCGUCAUAGGCAAUGUUGCAUCAUUCAAAUUCUUCAAAGGUUUUGUUCAACAAAUAAAUGACAAGACGGACCGUGAAGUAGGCGAUGUAAGCUACAGUUUGUUAAUUACAAGAGUCAUAAACUAACUCACAUCUACGAUUCUUGGUUUUGAAAUAGACCGGAAUAGCCCACGAUGUUUCCCCAAACAUUCCCCAUAGUAAAGAACCUGAUGAGUAUUUACUCCAUCAUUGUGUCCUGAAAGCUGCGAAUUGGUAGACUGCAAAAUGACGGGGUAACUUGACCCCUCUCCUAUGACGACAAGUCAAAUUGCGGUGGUCCCAUCUUAAUAUGGCCUUUAUGAUACUCGCAUUAAAUCGCAAUCCGGACCGCCCUUUGUUGUUUUGGUGAAAUUCGAAUUCCACCAAAACAACAAAGGGCGGUUCGGAUUCCGAUCUGGACCAGAUCGGACCAGAUCUGGUCGACCGUGCGCGGCACACGCAUAUGAGCUGCUAAGCUUUGUUAGCCGAUGAGCCCGAUAGUCCCUCCAGUCUUCUUGACUUCAGUCUUUUUGCUAACGGGCUCAGGUGAGAGAUAAAAUAUGGGGUGCGGCAGAUGCGACGUAAGUUUCCGUCCCUGCUUCCACUGUGCUGUAGAAAAAACGGUGGGUAUCGUCGAUAAUGAUUGUCAAACUACAUAUAUAUAUUAUAUUUUGAUCCUGUUAUCCUUGAGAGCAUGCAAAUAAGGACAUGAUCAACGAAAACCUUCAGGAGUAUGAAGACGUCCAUGUUAACACAUGCGCGACCGUCAAUAAGACAUAAACAGUUGAUGAUGUUUGUGAUAUAAUUUUCGUUCUUGCUUGUAAUUCGAGACAAAUUAGUUAUUAUAUUUUUAACGCCCUUUCGGAUUUUAAAAAUAUUUAUCAAAUAGACGUUUACUGUUACUUUUGACUUUAAGUCCCAAAUGUCCGUCGAGAGCUCUGUUUUGGACACCAAUUCGACUGCAAAUUUUCCAAGUCUUUGCAACGAAUCACAGUAAGUUUGAAGAACUUUGCUUUUAUGCUGUCUUGACCAAAGUUUAGCACAAAAUGAAAAAUACAUGUAACAGUAGUAUUCAUUGACUGACUCUAAUUUUAAAACAAAGCAAAGGAGCUCAGGCUAAUCAUUGAGCCGGGAAUAAAUCUCAUGACCAAAAACAAUAACUUGAUGAAAUACAUUAUUAAAAAAGAUGGCCGAGCCCAAAAUGCCAUUUACUUCUUAUUGUUCAUCGUCUGCCAGGUCUUCAUCAGCCUCAGUUUAAAAAAAUAAUCUAAUAUUGGAAGUUAGUUGAUUACCAAACUAGAUGCUCUGGCAGCGGAGCUGUGACCUUCGCAGUGACGGUCGCUGUUAUAUAUUGACUGCCCGCUGUCAUAAGACUGCCUGCAAAUGCGAAAAGUAGGACAACUGCCUGUAUACCGUUCUCAAUCGCAUUUGACGGUGCCUCGGUCAUUCAGUCUGGUGAGAGCGUAAUGACCUCACGUUUGAGAUUCUGUUAGGUGGUAAUUGCAAACAAGCUCACAACUGCUAUGUGGUCCUUAUAUUCAGGGACUCCUGGUGAACAAAGGCACUUAAAUACUGAUAAACAACGACAAAAAGGUUGCAUUCGGAUUUUACCUAAUUAUUAAAUUGGACAUUUAAAUAGAGAUCCAUUCGAAAAAACAUUUAGGCAAAAUAAUCGUUGCAACUAUGUCCUCCUUUAAUAAAGCACAAAAAUACUCGUCUAGAACAGGUUAGAAGUUGUAUUUACUCAUUGUCGUUUCUGUGAGAUCACGUUAAAUAUAUUCCUAAAAUUUACUUAAACUUAACAUUCAUUCUAUUCCUCUUUGUCCUACUGUAGGACUCUGCUAUGCAGCCUUCCAGUGGUUAUGACAUGCUAAUCCAUUAACCUGAGUACAAUCAAAUACUUUUUUAAAAACCUUAAAAAACCAAAGUGUCAUUAACUUUAAUUGCUGAUUGAAGCUCAUCAGAUUUUGGCAAUUGUUAAUUUUGAAAAAAAUUCGCUGUUCCGUUCGAUAAAUAUCUCAAACUGGACACCAUAUCUUAAACUACUUAACGCGAACCAAUCAUUUUAACUAUUUUUCAAAUCUUGAAAAUAUUGCUGAGCUCCUUUGCAAUGAUCCGUUUCUGCUUCAUACAUAAGCAGGCUUCAGCAUUUGCCAAGAAAUCGACGGAUGGAGCAAGUAUGACAUGAAACGCCAUCUAUUCCCUUGCCUUCUUUAUGUGACAUAUUUGCACGUCCUAAGACUGUGAUCCAGAGCAAGAUAAGGAAAGAAAAAUGGGUCUGCUGAUAGAAAUCUUUGUGCGAAUCCUAGAUUUGGCAGAUUUGUCCCUUUUGCGCUCAAGAAAAGUAUGGCAGAAAUUGUCAUUGUCAUCUCUGUUUCUAUCGUCACCUAGUCGGACGCCUAAUUCUAGGUCGGAAGACCAAUGAUUUUGGCAGUGCACUAGUGGUUUGAUGAACUUGACUUUGUAUUAUUUGGAUCAACUGAUCGAUAUGGAUAGCCUUCUGAUUGUGCACGUAGAGGUGCCGUUAAAACAGAAUUAUACAAAUAAUCAAGGCUUUUUUUCUGAUAAACUUUUUUAAGUGGAAUUGUGCCCCAAUGAAAUAAGGACCAUCUAUUUGAACUUGAAUUUAUUUGACACCUUAAUGAAACUCUUCAUGUCGGGGAGACUGCUUUGGGGAGUAGAUUCAAAGUUGCCUUAUUUUCAAAUGAAGUAAUUGCACAAUCCAAAAAUAUUUUGCACUUUUAUGCGUUAAGUCAGAUAGAUAGAGCAAUCCUACUACAACACUCUUAAGAGGCAAAAUAAUUUAGACCUAGUGAAUUACAGAACAAAGGAUCCCUUUUGUUCAUUGGUUUAAACUGGUGAACAUCUGAUUAUAUAAAGACUUUGUUAGGAGGGAGACAAUAACCUGCAGAUAUUACAAAGAUCCCCCGAGGUCGGUCGUUAUGUUGAUUUCUAGAGGCACGCGACUCCAGAAACAUAUGGACAACAUUUUAUUAGUUCGAGUUCGGCAAACGUACGAUCUCAAUCCUUGUUAAUGGGGGCUGUACGGUAAUAUAAGGGAAGGUAGAGUAGAAAAUGUUAAACAGCAAGACACUCCAAAUUUCUUCUCCAGCGAUACUUAUGAAGGCAGGAGCAGUGACCGUACACUUAGUUACUUUAAUCUUGUGUUCACACAAAACGUUUGUACGGACCCUAAGGCUCCUUUGGCCACAGAUGAAACCAGCAUGCCUGUUCACACCUCCUGCUACUUCGCGUUACAAGGACGAAACAGAGAUAUAUCUAAUCGCUAGACGUCUUCUCCCUCGCCCUCCCCAAGUCUCUGAAAGAACUAGACUAUAACCCCCUGACCUAUGAACGCUCUCAGCCUUCUCCUCCAUACUUACUGACCGUGUAAACGUUUGCUACAAUACCUUCCUUUAUAUCAUCCUACAGGUCUGAUGAUCGAAAAUCGAAGCCGAACGUUUGCCGAACUUGGCAUUUUAAAUGUUUACAUGGGUAUCGUCGCUGAACAAAUAUUUAAUACUGAGCGUGUUUAAAGGUUUAAAAUAACGGAUUGCAACCAACUAUAAACAAAGCUUUGCAGUGGAAAGAAAACCAGGAGCAAGUUACUGAAAUAUGGUUUCGAUGGUUUACUUUUAGAUUGAAUACGUUUUCGAUUGACUAUGGUAAGUUUCGAUUUACUUUGUACAUUCAAGACUUCAAUAAUUUUUAGAACAACGUUUUGUAUACUAUAGAGCAUGAAUGUUUAGCGUUGCACAAGGAAAUUUUUCUUAUUAUUUGCCUUAACGAUGUGUUUCAAUUUAAGAGUGCCCAUCAACGUCGCUGGAUGCUUCCUUUGCAUCGUCGAGUAGAAAAACACAUUCUCUGGGGGCAGAAGUACAAUCAGACUCCCAGACCGAGGGCGGCCGCCGUCAGGUUUCCGUGUUUAUUCCUUUUGCCUGGACACCUGACAGUCUGCAUUGUCUAAUUACUGCCACUUAAUCUUAUUGCAAUAAAGUGUAAAAGUUUGGUAGCUGUGCAGAUAGAAAACGGUGAUUUUGAGCGGAAUAAAGUUAGCGGCCACCAAAAUGUGCAUAGGGUGAGCUAUCAUAUGCGUUUUAUUCCGCAUCAGUGUGCCCACGUCCUAACUUGUGAGUCAAUACAUUUAAAAGGCUCUUCGAAACAAUUUAAGAAACCUGCGUCUGAACAUUAAAAUGAGGAAAUUGGCAAACCAGAAAGCAACCUUUGGGGAAUCCAGUAAAUAGCAGAAGAGGAAUGAUGAUUUUAAAGGUCUCUAGGAAGCAACCUUCAAAAGAUCAAUAUGGCACUGUAAAGUUGUAACUACAUCUAACAAAUAAUAUUUCCACUUUCUAUGAAGGCCUUUACAUGAAAAAGAUCAAUUAUCCGUGUUUUUUUCCGUGUUUAUUAAAAAAGUUUAAAAGCUUCUGAUGUGUAUUUUUGAUUCCCAUCAAAUUCGGUCAUAUUGGCAAAAUUUUAUAAUUGACAGAUACCGAACACAUGUAAUUCCUGACUUAGAAAACUAUAUUCUUGCAUAUAAAAACGACCACGAGGCUGUAAAACCACCAGAGACUGCAAACCCGGGGUUGGGUAUGAGCGGUUGAUGGCGACUAAUAGGCCAGAAAUAAGCAUUCUGCCUAUACUACCAACGACUGUGCGGAUGCUUGCGGGCCUCUAGAUCGAGCCCCAAGACACAAAGAGACGAGUAUCUCCCACAAUACAAUCUCUGAGCGCCCUCUAUAAUUGUUAACAUAACGUAUUUCAUGGCCGUAUUGUCAAAGUGAACUAACUGAAAAAUGCAAGUUACCUGUCUCCUCAACCUUGCUCUGUCGAUAUUUCAACUUCAGAUCCAAAUAAGAAACGCCCUGAAUACUAAAAAUGAACCGGAGUACGCAAAUGCGAAAGGAAGCGAGCGUUCCCUGCUUCGGGAUGAGGAAGAAGCAUGGGAAUCAAGAAGGCGAAGUUGCGGAAAUGAUAAGGGCGAGUCAGGCAGUCAAUCAACAACCGGUCGAACCAGCCUGACCAAUAGGACCGAAAUGACAGAUAGUCAUUUGGAGACAUUAUCAUGCGGCCACUCCAGAGCAGCCGGUCAGGAACUCUGCUAUUUAUGCCAUCAAAAGGCUUCAUCGGUUAACCAGAAAAAUGCGGUUUUGGAUACAAAGCCAAGUGCACAGGCUACUCUUUCACAAGUAAUACAUUUCACAGAAUGCCUACUUCCUUCGUUUAAGUACGCAUUUACGUCUGUCUCUAUAGUCAACAACCAUGCAGGGCCUAAGAUUACGAACACCAGGUUUCGAGAAUGGCUUAAGGAAUAAAGGCAUGGUGGCUUUUAGUUUGAUUUUAUAGAUCAUGUAGAGGAUGAGUAUAUGUGCCGAAAAAACCACCUCAUUUCAACAAUGUUUGCACGAAAAAGACAAUGCCAGUGUCCGAGAGACUUGAUUGAUUGACCGUCCAUUUGGGAAAAUGAGCAGAGAUCUUUGGUUCACGAACGAGGAGGCGCUGGUAUUCGUAAGCGCGCAUUUGAAUAUGGAACCAUCUGUCAUUCAAGAACAGUCUGAGGAGCAUAAACUGACUGGGUCGCACCUGUAGGCAAUUUGGAUAUCUAUUUUUGUCCUGUGGUACUCAUCCGAGUCCUUUCCAAGUGCCCAAGGCGGUCAGCUCGCCUAAAGCAUCCACCCCCUGCGGACUGAAAUUUUUGUCUUCUUAUGGUCUUUUGAAAGAUUUCCACAUGUUCGGGUUUCUUCUGAUCGGUAGUGCGGUUUUCAUGUUUGUCGACAGAGAGGUUGGAGGCGGCGUGUGUCGAUUUGACAAUAAGCUGCUCGUUCAAGUUCGCCCUAUUCCCUUUUGUCGGCCUUCUUGGCUUUUGCGGUUUCCCUACUGAGCCAUUCUUUCAUAUUUCUUUUUCCGACUGAAUGUCAGUCCUCCGUUGAUUAGGACUUUAUCAGUAGUAGUAGUAGUAGUAGUAGUAGUUCGAUCGACCUGCGGAACAGUGAACCAUCUCGGCUCACUAUGCGUGUUUUAUUACUUUGUACGAAUUGUUGCGGAGGGUACAUUCGUUUAUAGCCACAAGAACCUAGUAACAGGUGAUACCAAUGAUGCAAAUAAGGUUCGUUUUAAGCUUGAAGGAUGGACUGUUCCCAUUCAAAACGACUGUAGAGCAUGAACGUUGCAUGGUCACAUUAUGGAUCUCCAUUUAUUAAUGUUCUACCCUGUUCGACGGUAAGGAGACCUAGUCGAAUAGCGUAGUUAAUGCAUCCUCGUUUGUUGGCAAGGUUCGUGACGCAAUCAUUUCUCCCCAUUUAGCUCUCUCUCUUUGUUUAAGACGAAAUCGUUAAUACCGACAGGGAAAUCGUAGAUAAACUAAGCUGUCUGUCAUCGUCUCCUUGUUGCAUGCUGGAGCAUUCUAUCAUAAAUUUGAUAACAACACUGAAAUGGUUGGUUAUCCAUGUGCAACAAAGGGCCUUUCGUACUCGAAACAAUGGUCAACUAAAAGCCGUUUACUUUGAGGACAAGUACGUCCUGGAUCGUUAAAAACAAGUGUAAAGGACGCCUUGACGUGUUUACACAAAAGGUAAGUGCCCCAAACGACAAAUAAGGAUGUUUCGUUGAUUGCGACUUUUAAACUGGAGGUGGUUUGUGCAGACGGAGUUGACCGACCUCAUGAAGUGCUAGCUUAAAUUCCGAAAUGCUUUUUGGACUAGUAGGGACUACUUGGGUGAGGUUGUGCUACUGAUUGUCAUGCGGCAUAAUCGUAUCAUAUUUGGGUUUUGUUAGGAUGUUUGCUUUUGAAUGUACUUCUUUGUGACCUGUAGGAGCUGCACUCCGCAAAAAGUAACUACUUAAGUAGCAUGUGUUUUUCACAUUGAUUUUCCAUGUCCUUAGAUAUCCAAGCAUAUUUCGCAGACGACAUGUACAAAAAUAUUCUUCCAUGCAUCCAUGUGGCAGUAAGCCGAGCCCCAGGUGUUCCACACUCCGAGGUCGGGUAUGACUGACUGACGACGUCUAAUGAACCAGAGAUGGCCGCUCCAGUCAUUCUUGUCUUUGUCGGUAAUGUUAUUCUGCCUCUAUCAUGCGCCGCUGUGCGGCUGCUGGUUGGGCCCGAGAGACAGAGAGCCCCAAGGCACAACGCGACGAAUGAGUUUCAUAACACGAUCAGUGAGCGCCCCUCCCCCCCCCCUACUGGUAUUUACAUCGUUCACUUUAAGAGCGAAAAUGUUUGGAUUUUGAAAUUUUUUUCAAUUCCUGAAUAAUUUUGAGUCAAACUAGCCGUUGCAUUAGUGUUUAACAAUUUUGAUUAACAAGAGACACACUUCCCGCGUGAGGAAAAUCAUAUAUUCCUCUGUGCCUUUAAGGAGAUGCAACGUACAGCUUAAAGAGUUUUGCGAUGGAUGUGGACUACGUUGCAUGCUUCAUGAUGGCCAUUAAUAAACGCCCAGGUACGAUGCUGCACGAAUCAGCAUUGCACGCUCUUGAAAAAUCUUAUAACUAACAAGCUUUCUUAAAACCGAAAGGUACUCCUUCGAGUAUAGAAUUUUAUGAAAACGUGGUUUGCUACCAAAUGAGCAGAAGAAGGGAUGUUUACUGCAUUUUUUAUACAAAAUAUAUUCAAAUCUAUAAGGCAUGGAAAAUCAACAUGAAAAUUCAUACUGUUGAAGCAGAACUGUUUGCAGAGUACGGUUUUUGCGAAGGUCGAAAAGAAAUGCAUUCUAAGCAAAUAUUCUGGUGAGUCCGAAAUAUCUUAGGAUUAUGCCGCAUGAGAAUCAACAGAAAAACUCUGCUAGCCAACCCUUCUUAAUCGAAAACGCAUUUCAGAAUUUCGGCUAGCACUUUAUAAGGUCGGUCGCUGAAUAUGUCUUGUUGUUAGGAAACAGACUAGCAUGGUGAUUUGGACCAUGCUUUGCAAAAUACAACCGUGACCAAAACGUUAUAUGCGAUUUUACCAAAGAAAGGUUAUAUAUUUUGGAGCUGAAAUAUCAAUAAGCGCAAAGUGAACUUGAGAUAGUUCGCAUGACCAUUGGUUAGCUCUAAUUUAUUUUCUUUCCAGAGAUUUUUGGUUAUGCUUUUCGGAAACAUUAACAGCUCAAGCAGUACAUGUUUUUCUUAUAUUUUCAGUUCUUGAGAUCUCAUUAUUUUUUCUAUAUGAUUUCCCUUUUCUUAUCCUUAUUAUUCUAGUUUUUUCAUUGUUGAGAUCUGCAUUUGAAAGAUGGAUAUAGUUUGCGCUUUGAGAGCGCAAAAUCGUCAAUAUUUUAUGAAAUGCGGCUCACGGUUUAGCAUGCUCUCAAGAAUUAAACGAUAUUGAAUGUACACAUUUCAAAGUAGCAUCUUCAUGCGUGCGUAAAUGUUAUUCUCUGUACAGGUCCUCUUCGCAGGACUAGUUUGUAACAAACCCUGAAAGAAACCUCACUUGCCGCUAACUGACAUCGCGGGUCCGCAGAUGCAGUUACAGGGAUGGAAGUCCGAUUUUUAUUGUCCGCCACAGGCUCGCGUUGGUAUCUCUCAGGAAUGUAUGCUCCCAAAACGCACCCCUCGGUAGAUGCGCUGGACCAACAUGCGGGCUAGUCCGGGUGACCUUAUUGGGAAUGUACAUCCAUAACAAAUGCCACCAUCCGGGUUGCGGUGGCAGGCCCACUUGCCCGCUCACGCCGCGCCAGUUGAGAUCCGAGCCAAUCUCCAUAUUUAUUGUGUUUAAAAUUCUGGUUAGGCGUUUGUUGUGGACCAGGGGAUGUGGUGGUACACCUACAGUAGGUGGGCUAACUCAUUAAAUGUCAGCCGAAAUUUCGAAAUUCGUUCACGUUUCGAAAAGAUUAAUUAAGUAGAGUUGUAAAAAUAAUCAUUUUGCAGCAGAAUUCUAUAAUAUUUCAGUUACCUCAGGAUGCCGGCUUUCGAAAGCACUUCCUUCCGGCUGCAUGCAAAAACUCUAAUCUGCGAAAAAACUACUUAAUUAGCCUGACUUUUUCUCAUUGAUUUUCAACGCCCUUAAAAAUUCAAUUAUAUUUCGAAGAAAACAUGUACAAAAUAUUUGUUCCUUUGCUCAUUCAGUAGACAACAACGUCUUGUUCCAAUCUUAUAAUCGAAGAAAGUGUACAAUUCGGUUUUCAAAGACCUUUACAAUUCCCGAAUAAUUUUAAACACGCUCUGCUGGUACAUUUGGAUUCAGGGUUUCCAAACUACAAGCCAUGCAUUUUCUGCGUAUGGAAAACCAUACAUUUCUCUACGGUAUUAAGAGAAGACCAUGUGGAGUUCUUAAAAUUUAGCAGUGGAUUCAAGUCAUGUUGUUAACUAUACAAGCCACAUUAGUAAAUGCAGAGACACCACGUAUUAUGAAUGGUCAUCUUACGGUUUUAACAAAUCGCAAAAUCGGAAACUUUUAAAACCGAAUUAUAUCCCUCCUUCUAGUAUAAAGUUGGAAGAAGACGUCAUUUUCUAUCGAAUGAGCCAAAGAAUGAACAUUUUUAAGCACGUCUUUCAUGAAAUAUACUUGAAUGUUUAAGGGCAUCGAAAAUCAAUGACAUAAUGGCAUGCUCCUUAAGUAAUUAUUUUUGCAGAUUAUAGUUCUUGUAUGCAGUCAGGAAGAAGUUUAUUUGAAAACCGGCACCGUGAGGUAACUGGAUUAUUAUAGAAUUAUGCUGCAAGAUAAUUAGUUUUACAACCCCACAUAAAUAAUCUUCUCGAAACGGGAACGCAUUUCGAAAUUUCGGCUGACAUUUCAUGAGUUAGCUCGCCUACUGUAGGUGCGGGUUUGCUCCGUGCCAGCCAUCUGAGACCUUCCCCGCCUCCGGUCUUUUUGACCUGGUCAUGACACCAGGAUCAGGUGGGGGAGGAGAAGAGAGUGUGGUAAUAAGCGCGGUAUAUAAGAGUCCACUAUCACUGUAAGCUAAUUCACGCGCCGGUCACUGUUUCUGCUGUCACCCUGUUAUGGAGCACACGGUGGACAUAGUCGAAAAACAACGGUCGAACUGUCGUGUCACGUCGGAGAUUUUUCAAAGGCAUUUUUACUCCUCGUAUCGUGCGCAGGAUUAUUCUUCAGAACAAAGCAGACUGCUUCUGCCAUGCUUACCAACGGGGAAAUGCCAACUUUAAACUGCUGUUUUGAGUAAUUCUUAGACUUCACCCUUACAUUCACUCCAUUUCAUGUUUGCCUACACAGGGUUCCGGAUGCCACCUUGAGACGCAAACAGGCCCUAGCAAUCAAACCUCUACUCGUUCGCUUUUUCGACGAAAACAGCAUAUUCUUUAUCCGAUGGCAUGCUACAUCGACAGAAAUCGACCAGAAACGCCAACGAAAGCAUCACGUCAAGCUGACUUCAAGUAAGUUCCCCUUUAUGGACGAGUGCCUUUAGAGUUUGUUUAUGCAGGGAGAAAGGCUUAAAAGAGAGGUCGGUCGGUUAAUACAGCAAAGCAUAUUUCACAGUUAGAGUUUUCCAGACCUCGGGUCUAAGAGCAGUUUCCUCGAAAAGUUUAUUUUGGUCCUUAAUAAUUUCCUCAGACAUGGAUAACGUAUGGAAUUGAUUUUUCUAGACUUUUAAAAAUACAUUGAGGCUGUGCUUUUUGGUUUGAUCUCUGAGAAACUGUCAGUAGUGUGUGGACAGGAUCUACACUAAACAUGAAUUCAAAGAAACUCUGACCGAAAUACUUUGGGGACCUCGCAACUGGACUAUACUGUUAAGGUGACUUUGAAAAAUCGACUAGCCACAGGCCUGGUUUGAGCUGGUCUCUUCACGUCACCGUGCCGCCUUUCGACUGAAUAGUUUUAGAAAUACCCAUUGCAAUGAGAAUCCGUCAAACAAAAAUGUGUAUGUUUAUGCUUUAUCGCCCCUGAUGUAAAUCUGAAGAGAUAAAUACUAUUCAAUGUGAAGAAGGCAUGAUAAAUCCGAUUGUUGCGUUUGUUUUAUAAGAAGCUAUAAUUUUUUGGCGUUUAAAAAACACUUACUUGUCUGAAAGUACUGGCGCAUUUACUGCGGUAAGCAGUAACUCUCAAAGGAUUAUUGAUAUAUAACUAUAAAACUAAACAUAUAUUACGCACAGAUUUUGGCCAAAAAUUUUGCCCAUCUAGGUGCUGUGGACGUUAUGUCGUAGCUACCCUGUGUCGUCGAAUUUCCCCUUCCCAACCAAAAUUGUGAAUAGCCAGCGUUCAGGAGAAAAUUAGUACAUUUUCUUAAGCCGUGUAUGCGGCUUCUUCUCGAGUAAACAACGCUGACGAGCAUAAACUCGUUUCUGGUGAACCGAUGGAGUUAAGUAGUUCAUCCUAGCUUAUUGUAUUGUAAAAGUGAAAAUAGAUAAAGGAAUCGUCCUGGAAGUUGAAAUUAAACUGACGGGAUAUAAAUGACGUGCACUUCUUUUUCUGUUAAGAGAAAAUUCUUUGUCAUGGAGGAGUCAUAGUCAGCUUUAUUUUCAUUUGAUUUUAUGGGUGGAGAGGCUGAAGAUAUUUUAUAAUCAGUUAGUCCAUAGUUCCUAUGUCCAAUGAAAGUAAAAGGGAACAACGAGCAAAGUAGGUAGCAAGCACAAAGUUUUCGGAUUACUACUUUCAAAUAAAAGGCUUUCGGAGGUAGUGUAUCGAUUACAACGGCUUUCAGUUAGAUAGGUCAUUCUCUAAACCGCGCUGAAAGUUCACUUGAUGAAACCACAAACCUAAUCGCCUUGUAAGAGGGAAUAAGCCAUCAUCCAGAACGCAGAUAGCUGGAAUGGCGAUUAGAAAUAGGCCGGAGGAAUCGAAGGACAGCUGUCUAUUCAGCCAUAUAAACGUGGAGCAGUAAAGACAGACUGAGGCACCGAUCGCAGUUCACAGCAUCCAAUAGUCUACUAGCCAAGUCACACUGGAAGGAGGUAAUGCAGACAGGGAACGAUCUUUUCAAGUCUCUGUUUUAUGAGUCCACUGGUGCCAACACUUUUCUGUACUUUAUUGAGUCAUAGGCUUCCAUAGCCCCCCCCCCCCAAGGACACCAUUAUAGGCAUAUGUGCACUUGUCACGGCUGUCACACUGUUCCAUUCCGUCGGCCUCGAUGAAGUCCCAGACUGCACCACUCCACGCGUGGCCUUCUGCGACAGCGGACCUGGGGAGCUUGGAUCACCGUCCACUCUGACGGUGGAGACCGAAAAAGCACGAACGACCUCCGUGCCUUGAAGAACUGCGCUGAGCCAAACUUUGAGUCUAUUUCCUAUUUGCAGAUUCCAGGAUCAAGAGCAAUAACACUGAAAUCACUAGCUGGUCAAUGAAAAACGUUUUCGAAUCACCUCCAUUGGCCUUUUGGUAGCCUGAGAAAUGUCCGCCAUCUCGCCACACUAAGUGUAGACAGUCUUACCCAUGACAAGGUCGGCGUACUUCACUGGAAUAAUGGCGCCCAGGAAAUGAUAGUAAACUACUUUCAGUUUUCUCACUUUUUCCAAACAAAAAUCUCAGCAUUAUUGGACGCGUAGGAGGUGUGGCCGGCUGCAUGUCCGACACGCGGAUCAUCGUGGCAAAGAUAUCGCAGAGUGUGCUCACGGAGGUCGUCCGUGUGGCUGACAUUUUCAUCCCUUUUAGGCCAUUUCUGUGGCGAAUUCGCUCCAGGAUGUUUAAAAUUGUCUAUCUCUUCAGAAGGACAGGCAUUUAGCCACAGAGGCGCCUUCUUAUGGUUAGAAUGCAACUUGAAAGCACUUUGAUUUUCCUUAAGUUAGUGGAUAGACCAACUGAUCUAACGACCUCAUUCAUUCAGGACACUACAUUCGACAGAUCGUUAUGUCUUCACACUAGCAGGGUGAUAAAGUCAGCAAAACCAACGCUAGUUAACCGGCGUCCAGAAGCAAAGUAAACACCAUCAUGACCAUAUGUAAACUUUGCGCGAAUUUAGUUCAUGGCGCAGUUUAAGGGGAUGGACAACUGAACACGGCGCCCCUGCAAGUUAGGUCAAACAUCGAAAAGUUAGGAAGGAUCGUUAUGAACCAGAAUCUGAUCGAUAGUAGAGCAGUAGUAGCCUUUUUCAUACCUCCUAUCUUCUUAUCCGCAAAAGGGUCAGUCAAUGAGCAAAAUCGAAUGUUCGUUGCGAUGAAGAAUAUCGGAUCAACUGAAACUACACAGAAUAAUUUUGUACCACCUAACGACAGAAGUCGGAGAUCUGCGAAGGCUGAUCUAUUCCGUACAGUGGAAAGGUUGUCAUGAGUUGGUCGAGCAACCAUCACAUCAACAUCUAACGCACGUGAUGAAAUUGCAGUUGUGAACGACGCGAAUGUCGGCCAUCAAACACUAAGCACACCAAGUGCAACGAUCCCCGAUGAAGGGGGAGCCGUGAAUGUUCAUAGUUAUGCAGUGGCAUGACGACUGCAUCCUACAAAUACUGCAGCCCCUUGUGUAUGAACCACCCGUAUCUGCUUUUGUCUCUGAUGAUGGGUUCGGGCAGGAAUCGGAAACGUCAGGCUAAUAGAACUCUUGUCCCAGCGAUCGUGUCUCCUUCUUCAAAACUGGCCGUGUAUUGGACAUUCAUUUGGUUGGCCUAUGGUUGAAUUUGGAUGUUACAUGAUCACGAGGCUGGAAUGGUCAGGAUCAGAUCGACGGCGGUAACCGAUGUUGCCUACGCGUUGACGCAGCGUGACUGCCCAAUUGCACAAGGAGCGCCUCCUAGCGGAGAAGCGGCGAGUGACUAUGCGUUUGCUGUCCAUUUUUCGAAAUCAGGGGUUGGACAGGCGAGGGAACUACCUGAGAAUAGAGUGGUAAGAACAGUCAUAAACGAGCAUGACGGUAAGGGUGUUGGGAUGCGGAUUCACUCCAGACUGACAGCGAGCACCAGGGUUCCUGAGUCUAUGAGUCAGCAAUCCUUCAAAUCAACCAGGAGGUCGAAAUGCGUUAGGAACUCGGCCACAGGGGAAGGCCGAAUCCGCGGUAUUUAUAAAACACCAUCAAAAAGUUAGCCAAAGGCCCAAGUCGAGUUCGAUGGAGCGUCUAUCAAGGGUGGAAUUGCUGAAAUUGUUGGCACUUGGGGGAUACAGAGAGUCGCGGUGUUUGCGGUCGAUAGGCGUUGCUGAGACCACACUAACCUCGGCCCCAGAGUCAAGGAGAAAGUUAAUGUCAGAGGUACGGUCUCAGAGGAACAAUCGAUGAGUGCGAUGAUUGGCAGUGCUCCCAGCAGUAGUCGCCUCCACUCAGUCGGUAUCAGUCAGUAUAUUUGAAACGAGGUUCGAAAUUCUAAGUCUUCCGAGCUACGAAAUUUUUGUCCCUACCUCAGUGUUAAGAGCACGCCGGUCUACAAUAAUUCACGCGUGGAUUGCGUUUUCCCUGCUUUACGGAAUUAUCUACUCGAAAGUCACGAUUCUUUGGCGACAAAGGCUGAUUCUCAGGACACGGACUUCAGCCAUUCCUCAUUUCUGCUGUUUGUAAGCCAAGAAACUCGGAUUAUCCUUCCAUCGAAAUAUCUGGAACAACUCCCGCAUAGGCUGAGUUACUCUUCAAAUCUUUUUUGUUGAAUGCACCAUAUUUCGAACAUACUCGAUAAAGUCCGAAAAUUAAACAGCUACUUCCCGUAUUUGCUCGACGAUCCUCUUGAAGACGAAGAUAUUCAUCUUAUACGGUAACUCUCAACGACCAGAACGAGGCCAAAGGCUUUCCGUCUCGCAUCUAAGGCAAAACUCUCACCUGAUCGUUUUUUUCUUGUUGGAUAUACUAAAGUAGCACAAAAUGGCGAACUCUGAAGUAGUGCAAAACGUCACUCGCCGUGGAAUCGAACCCGGGACCACCCUAGUGAAAGAUUGCGGCGCAGACCACUGCGCUAUCACCGCACGCCCAGGCGGUCGCUCUAAAAGCCUUGCAAAUCGGUUACGAUCGGCACAUGCGGAAACCUCUUGCAGCGGUUGUCAAAGGCUAGCCUCAAAGUUAAAUCAAUUAGAAGAAGAAGUUAAAAACCUGAAGAAUUUUAUCCAGCAGACUUUCAUGACAGAGGAUAAGUUGACAGCAUCUACGCACAGGGUAACGAGGAGUAGAGCGCGAGACACCCAGUAUAAGCAGUAUCAGACCCCGGCUAUUAGUGGUGACGUGAAACCUCCAAAAUCCGCAAAGAAUGAGGAAAAGGCGACAGGAAAGACUAUGGAGAAAGGUAGCAAAAAUCCGAGGGCGAAGGUGUCAGACUCGCCAGAAAGGAAACUGAGGGCCGAGGAUGAAAAUGAUAAAAAUGGACCGACGAAAGAGGAAACCACUCCCCAGACAGUAUGCGCACCUCCUGAGCCUAGUAUAACGGGAGCGUCGACCAACACAGGAACGAAUAAAAAUGAACCUAGAGUGGGAGUGGAAGUACAUGCUCUUACGAAUAUUCCUGCAACUAGCAUCGAAACCCAACUUGGGGAAGCCUCAUCAUCGGUCAGACCAAUUAUCCAACAGAAUUCGUCGAAUGGAGGUGCUGUGGACAGAUCACAAUGCAUAGUCGUCCAUGGACUUCGUGAAUCAACGAAAGAUAACCCCAGAUGUAGAAUAAAUGAUGAUAUUAUGACCUUGCGGGAGUAUCUGGAUAGCUUAAUAAAAGAAGAUGAAGCCAUUAAGAUUCUGAAACUGUUCCGACUAAACAGUAAAGAUAGCGCGAGCUCUCAAGGGAUGAAACCAAGGCCUUUAAAGGUAGUUUUAGAAAGAAAACUCCAGAGGGAUCUGCUACUUGAACGAACAGUAGGGGGGAUCACUGGCCAUAGAGGUCUUUUUUAACCGGAUUACUCAGUACAAGAGAGAUUGAAAUGGAGGGCGCUGAAGGCGGAGCUGGCGACCUUGAAAGCACAAGGAGAGAAAGGACUAGUAAUAAUGAACGGAGUGAUUGCUCGACGACAAAGACCCCUCCUGUGGAGGACGCCUGUCAUACUAACGAAGGCCACACGGCCGGGCAACUAAUUCGAUGUAACAACCUACAUAAAAUUAAGUUCUUCUACGGAAAUGUACAAAGUCUCUUGAAUAAACUCGACGAACUUAGAAUAAUUGUGGCCGAACUAUGUCCUGAUGUUUUUGCAUUAACUGAAACGUGGCUCACCCCAGAUGUCACAGACCCCCAAAUACAGUUAGAUGGUUAUCAAGUGCUAAGACGAGACCGAACCAAAAAGCGAGGGGGCGGAGUUUCCCUAUAUAUCAGCAAUGCGGUCGAAUAUAACCCUGUUGAAGAAUGCGUGACGGGUGACAAAUAAGCGGCCGCAGGUCUUCCAUCACGGCUACCUUACGUACUACUGUUUGUUCAGUAGGUGUGCUUGUGGUAUUUUUUUGCCGCGGCGGCAAAAAAAAAUACCACAAGCACACCUACUGAACAAACAGUAGUACGUAAGGUAGCCGUGAUGGAAGACCUGCGGCCUCCACGGUCAGAAAAACCCUUAAACACACCUACCGAACAGGCUCCGUAGGGUUUACGUGGAGUUCCUAUCCUCUAUUGCCUAAAAUUCAUGUCCAAUAUACAAUGCCACUUUUAUACCCUUACGCACACAAACUUCUCCUUUCCUAAACCACCUCUGGGUAGUUCGCAUGAGCGGCAGUUGCGCUGUUAACUGCGGGUUUGUCGGUUUAGUGGUUUACGUGCAGUUUCCCGCCAACAUCUUUCGGUUUCAAGUCAUGGUCCACUUGCCUCCCCUCCCACGCAUUCCGGAGUCGAUCUAAUUGAGGUGCCAGCUAAUUGAGGUCAGCUCUGUCCUGCAUAUAGUGGAGAGGAUAGAGAUUAAAGGCUGUCAGGCGCUGCUAGUACGUCUGACGACCUUGAAUCUCUACUCCCUCUAGUGCAGGCAGUAUAUAGGUGACUUCAUAGCAACGUUUCAGUUGCCAAGAGGAUUUGAUAUGGAUGUCGACUGGGUAGGAUCGUUCCUCGAGGGCUUUGGAGAUAACUAAAAAAAAGUAUGUCUGCAGACAUCGUCGUACCGCUACUCCGGAUUGCUGGUGAUACUAGUACAUGCUGCUUGGAGACUGCUGCAGGUGGGGUCGAGAACCCAAGGAAACCCGUCGACCGUCUCAUAACCAUCACGGGCACCCAGUGUCAACAACACUGAUUUGGACUAUUAGGUGCAUAACUAACAGCUUGAGGUAGUUUAUGCGCAGAUCAGAUCCUUGAAAACUUUGGUUGACUGUAUGACUGACGGAAAAAGUCUCAGCGACUCUCAAUUACAGGACAUAGACGGUGCCGCGGAUGGGUAAAUCAUUGUCUUCUGAAGAGGGAUGUGGCAUGUGGCGAAGGACAAUACCUUUAAUACUGCUUGUCUCGUCAAAUCCGUGCCGACCGGGGGCUUGUAUGCAACAAAUUUCGGUAAUACAUUAUUGUGCAGAAACCGGACCUGCAAAUACGUGGAGGCCUCUCGAAGGACGAAGGUUUCCCAUCGCCAGGCCGAUCGGAACGCAUCGCGCCCAAAUACAUUGCUAAUAGAGGCGAGGAGACGCGACCCAGUAAGCAGUCGUGAAGAAAGAGACAAGGUCGCUGGGACAAAAGCUUUAUUCGCCUGACGUUUAGGAUUCCUGCUCGAGCCCAUCAAUAGAGACAAAAGCAGAUACGGAUGCUCUGUCCCUGAUGACGGGUUCGAGCAGGAAUCCGAAACGUGAGACAAAUAAACUUCUUGUCCCAGCGAUCGUGUCUCCUUCUUCGCAAUACCUUUAAUCUACUCUAAAAUUGAAUUUUUUCCAACCUUCCCUGCCAAACAGCGUAUACAGAAUUUGCUUGUGUUAUUUUAGUAAGUUCAUUAGCAGCAUUCCGAAAAGUGUGGAAUUAAGGAAUCCUGCUAUUUUUGUGAGUUGGUCAUGCAAGUCUAAUGACUAAGCAAAAAACACUGCCUUUCAGCGCAGACAGGCGGCCAGCUGGCCGGUUUUAAUUUGAUAAUGACCUUCAGUUUAACAUGUAACACUUGUUUCCUACACUCGUGCCUGUGAUAAGAGCUCAACUUGACCAACAAAUGGAAAUUCAUUUGGCCGCACGUCGUGCAAUGCAAGAAUAUUUGUGCCAACUCGAAAGCCUUGAGGCUGAAGCUGUGAAUCAGGACCUGAGCCAAAUUCCGUUGAAUAAAAAUCGGGAAAAGUUGGAGAAACAGGCUGACUACAAAACAGCAUUAGACUAUCAGAUAGUACGUGCCCCCUCUUUUUCUCUCUUCUGCUCACUUUGAUUAGUACUUUAUUCGCAGGUUUCUUAUAAAUCUUUGUAAUUAAUUAAGCAAAGUAUGUUCCGGUGGAUAUGUCAACAAAACCACAGUUUAAUUGAAACAAUAAGGACUGAAUAGCUGUGAACAUCUAAGAAGUUAGUUUUUGUGAUACGAAGGUAAAAAUUACAUACGCCAAUUGUGAAAUUAAGCAGUCUACUAAUAAACAAGUAGGCUCACUUCACAGCUGAAACGUCAUAGACACCUCAAGUCUUAGCGAGCGCCAAACGCCUAACAGAAAACUAAAUGAAGAAAACUAAGUAUUUAAAUCUGAUGAAGAGAGUUUUAAUGCAGUGAUUUUCGGUCUGUCCGACAGACAUCGUUUGUUUUUGUACCGUUGUUAUGUAUGUGAGGGUUGUAAUGCAGAACCACCCAACGUGGGCCGCAACUACCAGUUCAUCCAUUGCAGACCGGUGGAUAGUUCAGUUGUCCUAUACUAUUUCAUGGCUUCCCACAGAUUUAUUGGGAUUGCCCCUAAGACUUCUUACCGGCGCAGGGAUCACGCACUGUAGAUUCAGACAAUGAGAAACGCCUAUUAUUCCCUGAAACUAAUUUUCUUACACGAGAUUUAUCCAUGAAUAUUUGGUCAAUAUAUGUAAUGUACGAGUGUCCUUUGGACACUGUUUCAUUGAUAAUAUCAAAUAGCAUUAAGUUUUCGAAGAGGUUUACUGCGACCGAAGUUUGACUCGGCACUGGACAACUGGGGAGUACAGGAGAUGGGGCUAACUCAUGAAAUGUCAACUGACAUUCCGAAAUGCCUUUUCGUUUCGAAAAGAUUGAUUAAGUAGGGAUGUGAAACUAAUCAUCAUGCAACAUAAUUCUAUAAUAAUUCGGUCACCACAGGAUGCCGGCUUCGAACGAACAUCUUCCCGGCAGCAUUCAAAAACUAUACUCUGUAAAAAAAUGGCUACUUAAGUAGCUCGCCUUUUUCUCAUUGAUUUUUAGUGCCUCUAAAAACUCAAUCAUAGUUCAUGGAAAACAUGCAUAAAAAUAUGCAUUUUUUACUCAUUCAAUAAAAAGUACAUCUUCUUCCAAUUUUAUAAACAAAUGAAGGGUAUUAUUCGGUUUUCAAAAAACUUUUCCAAUUCCUACAUAACUUUGAGCUCGACCUGCCGUUACACUUGCAUUCAGGGUUUCCAAACUACAAGCCGUCUAUUUUCCGCGUACGGAAAAACAUACAUUUCUCUACGGUGUUAAGAGAAGACUUUAUGGGGUUCAUAAAAUUUAGCAGUGGAUUUGAGCCAUAUUGUUAACUUUACAAGCUACAUUAAGAGAUGCAGAGACAUGACUUAUUAUGAACGGUCAUUUCAUGGUACUAAAGACGUUCAUAAUUAUAAACUUUUAGAAAACUGAAUUACACCUUUCCUUAGAGUAUAAAAUUGGAAGAAGACGUAAAUUUUUACCGAAUGACUAAAUGAAUGAUUAUUUUUAUGUACGUUUUCCAUGAAAUAUAAUUGAGUUUUAACGGCAUCGAAAUCAAUAUGACAGACGCAUGUUACUUAAGUACUCGUUUUUUUCCGAGUAUAGUUGUUGCAUACAGCCGAAAAAAAGUUUGUUCGGAAACCGGCAUCCUGAGGUAACUGAAUUAUUCUAGAAUCAUGCUGCAUAAGGAUUAGUUUCACAACCCUACUUACUUAAUCUUUUCGAAAGCAAAAUGGAUUUCGAAAUUUUGGCUUACAUUUGAUGAGCUAGCCCGCCUACUGUAUAUCAAAAUCAGGCGGUCCACAGUAAGUAUUUGAUCGCCAAGUCAAUAAUGGCAGGUUAAACAUUUUGCGUCAUGGUUUGAGAUUAGGAAGGCAGAUAACCAAUCAUUCAGCAAACUUGAGCAGAAGCAUAUCUGGUGAAAGAACCCGUCGCGUCGGAUCAUUUGUGAAAUUCUCGGCAAACCUAUGUGAUAAGCUUGUCCCAAGGAGCUUAUAAGUUUGAACUGGAAAAUAGACACGAUUUUAGACGUUUCCUAGGUAACUUAACUCUUUUGAUGACUGUGGUGAGAACGCUCUAAUACACAUAGCAAUAACAUUGCGCGCUCUGAAAAGGCCUUUUCUUUAAAAAAAACAUGAAUGUGAUAUUACAUCUCGAUUCAUUAAAGAAUAGCGCACAUAGAAAAGUCUCCUGAUUUUCAGUAAUGCCUUGUUUUCUGCAUCAUCCCGCCAUGUUUUAGAAAUAGACUAAACAAUAGCUUAGCUUAUUUUCUAGCACACAUCUUUUUUAGUCUCUCACUCUUUAAAUUCUCAGCUAGUUUUCAACUUACAAUUUCCUUAUAGGAUCUCGGAUCUACAUCUAGCUCCAUUUACUGA